AAGUGCUCCAGUGUGCACACUGUGACGGCCAGGUUUGAGUGUGACGUUCUUGGUCCUUCCACUUCCGAGCUUCCCCUCGGAGGGAAACUUCCGGCUGAACGACAUUUAGCAAUCUCAGCCUCAAAGGAGAACUGUCACCAUACUCAUGGCAGGGAUUUUGCGCUCCAUAGUUCAGAGGCCCCCAGACAGACUACAAACGGUGACAAAAGGCGUGGAGUCUCUUGUUUGUACAGAUUGGAUUCGUCACAAAUUUACAAAGUCAAGAAUUCCAGAUAAAGUUUUUCAGCCUUCACCUGAAGAUCAUGAAAAGUAUGGCGGAGAUCCACAGCACCCUCAUAAACUGCACAUCGUUACCAGAAUCAAAAGCACAAAAAGACGUCCGUAUUGGGAGAAGGACACAAUAAAGAUGCUGGGACUAGAAAAGGCUCACACUCCUCAAGUUCACAAGAACAUCCCUUCGGUGAAUGCCAAACUGAAAGUGGUGAAGCAUUUGAUAAGAAUCCAGCCCCUGAAGCUGCCGCAGGGACUUCCAGCAGAGGAGGACAUGUCCCACACGUGCCUCAAGAGUACGGGGGAGCUGGUGUUGCGCUGGCUCCCGGACCCUGCGGGCCAGGGAGCCGUGAAGUCCUGAUGCAGCACCGCUUCUGAGGGAAGAGUGCAAGUCGGUUUGCUUUAAAGAUGGUGAGAGAGUGUUGUCAUUAAAGUGUAUCUUAAAUUCUC